GUCCCUCACUGUAUCAGCCAAUCGGCGCCUCGGACAAUCUGUCUCUCUUGAGCUUUUCCGAUAAUUGCGAGUCCGCCGUGAAAGUCAUGAAGGCCACGAAGAGCUCGGGGCGAACGGUUGCCUAGGUACCGCAAGCGAACGAGUGUGUUUGGAGUAAACAAAGCUGGUUUGUCAGCGGCUGGAGCUGCAUAUCUCUAUCGAUCAUUGCUCGAUAAACUGAUCUCGCGCAAAAUGACAUCUCUGGACUUGCGACAGCAGAAGCUGGAACAACAGAGGCAACUGAUUGCGCAGAAGAUGAAGCAGAAAAGACAAAGUGGUGCUAGUGGAAUGGUACAAGCAUCUAAUGUGUCUAGCGCACAGCUCACGAAUCAUUCCAACAAAUGGUUGACUUCAAAUAAAGAACUUCAUGCAUAUGAUGGCCCAUUACAGUACACUAUGUUUCAAACAAAUACAGAUGUAGGACCUUACGUAGAAAGAAAAGACAGUGAGGGAACAAUUAAUGUAGUCGGUGAUAGCUUAUACGAGAGUUCCCAAAGCACUGAUUUUGCCGAUGACGAAUCGUCACCUAUAGAUUUACAUUCACCUGCAGAAACUCUACCAUGUUCUUCACCACUUCGAGUAGCUCCAUCGGAAGGAACUAACACUCUUACUAGUAGAGAUAAUAACUCUUCUAGUCCAGAAUUGGAAGGGAAUAUAGUAGGUAAUAUCGAGCAGUUCGUAUUACAACCAGCAAAUAAACAAAUGCAUUACAAAUGUCGAAUAACACGCGAUCGAAAGGGUGUGGACCGCGGUCUUUACCCGACUUAUUUCUUGCACCUAGAACGUGAUUAUGGAAGAAAGAUUUUCCUGCUAGCCGCUCGAAAACGGAAAAGAAGUGCAACGAGCAAUUACUUGAUUUCGACCGAUCCCACGGAUAUGUCGAGAGGAGGAGAAUCUUACGUCGGUAAACUCCGCUCGAAUCUUCUGGGGACACAAUUCACAAUUUACGACAACGGAUACUCGUUGAUGAAAGACGAUAAGCGGGACGAACGUUCCAAUCCACGACAGGAACUGGCCGCGGUGGUGUACGAUACGAAUGUUUUAGGUUUCAAAGGCCCGCGUAAGAUGACUGUUAUUAUCCCGGGUAUGAUGCCCGACCAAAAACGAGUGGAAAUAUGCCCGCGGGUUGAAUCGGAAACCUUGCUUGAACGAUGGAAAUUAAAACAGAUGGAUAAUCUAAUAGAGUUACAUAACAAAACUCCCGUGUGGAAUGACGAUACGCAAUCGUACGUACUUAACUUUCAUGGGCGAGUAACUCAAGCAUCCGUAAAAAAUUUCCAAGUCGUCCACGACAGCGAUGUGGACUACGUUAUAAUGCAAUUUGGACGCGUCUCGGAGGACGUUUUCACAAUGGAUUACAGAUUUCCCCUUUGUACAGUCCAGGCAUUUGCCAUCGCUCUGAGUAGUUUCGACAGUAAAUUGGCAUGUGAAUAACUAGCGCGGCCAAAACGCUAUCGAUCAAACUGUCAGUUAAGUAUGUACUUGCCCACGAGUUACUAUAUUAUUCUAAAUCGAUGGUUUUCUAAUGGACAAUCAGUAGAUUACCGGAUACUAAUCUGAAUAUAGUACUCAACGUAUAUUGAAACUGUUUUAUAUAAGAUGAAACGUGAAACGAGAAUCGCUCUAAAUGUGUGUUCACUUUUCAUAUUUCGUAACGAGUCUAUUUCUAUACUAAACGUGUUUAUAAUGUGAAACGUCGAUUUCAAUAUUAUUCGUAAUAUAUAUAUAUAUAUAUAUAUAUAUAUAUAUAUAUAUAUAUAUAUAUAUAUAUAUAUAAAGACGUUAAACUUGCAUAAAAAUCUCGAUAACGUUAUAUUUGAAAUACAGCACAUAUUUCGACUAUUUUCAUUAUUCAAAGUUAAUUGCUGAUGUAGAAUAAUGCUGUUCAUAACGAUAUAUGUGAAUUCCUUGGCCAGUAAUUCAGAAAACUAAUGCAGUAUACAUUUGUAUGUUGAACAUUUAAAAUAUUUUUAUGAAUGACUUGUAUAUACGCAGGGCGUAUAUAAAUAAUGAACCAUAAAUAUGAUCUAAUUUCAUACAGUGCCUUGGCAUAAUAUUCACUGGGCUUUUAAAAAACUGUUUACGUUUGUCUUCUGUUAUUUUGAUUGAGGAAAAUGAUGUUAAAGAAAUUACUAAUGAAGAUAUAUGUAUACUUAACGAGAAUAUAAAAUGUAUGUUCAAAUAUUUCGUUGACAAUCACCCGCACAUUAAUUAUCGAACAUCAAAAGGACUUACAGCUCGUUUCUCACGUGUUUCACAUAUAUUCCAUGAAGUAUAUUUUUUAAUUUAUAUAUAAUUUAUAUAUAUAAUAUUUAAUAAUCAUAUUAAUAGAUCCCGAUCAUAGUAAGAUUACAUAAAAAUGGCUAUGCAACUCAUGCAAGUAUUUAUUUUGUCACAUGGAGAUGUGCAAUUUUCACUAUUACUAAAUAAAUUUGAAUACUAGAUAUAUGAAGCACAUAGAGCGCACAGUGUUAAUCAGAUAGAUAUAUAUAUAUAUAUAUAUAUAUAUAUAUAUAUAUAUAUAUAUAUAUAUAUAUAUAUAUAUACACAUACAUACCCAGCACAUCUUCAAUCAAGUUUCCUCUUAUAACAAAUUUAUUCGUUAUAAGAAACUUUGAUAUUUUAUAUUAAAAAAUUAUCAGCUACGUUAUUUAUAAAUAUUAUUUCUUUAAUUAUUUCGCAUACUUUGUAUGCAAAAGGAACAAUCAAGAGCUACUUUUAUACUAAAUUACAAACGCAACAUUUUAAAAGACCAAUUAAAGAUGAGAGAUUAGUUAAAUAUGUAUUCACAUAUAUUAUUUAUAUAUUGUGUGUAUUAUUUGAGUUAUACAGAUCUGAUAUAUAUGUAAGAAAACGACCAAAAUAUUUUCGCACGUUCUUUGUGCAAGUAAAUUUUUUAAAUAUUUGUGAAGUAUCAGAUGAUUAGAUAUCUUCUAUUGUUUAAUUAUCUGAGUACUGAUUAUGAUAACUUUUAACGUAACAAUGUUUGACUAAAAGAACAUAUUUAUUGCAAUAAUAUUUUGAAAAUAGGUACCUGUAUUAUUAUAGCGCUUGCGCUAUAGUAUCGUUUAUAUCUGUAAUUUUUACUUUUGUUAUUUUUAUAUUGUGAAAUAUUUCACACAUUCCACUUCUCACAGUUAUUUUAAGUAUAUAUGCAGUUUUGUCCUCUAUUCUAAUUCGUGUGCAACGAAAGGCAUAUUUAUUAUUACUAUUACAUGCGUAUUGUCUACUUUGUAUGUUUGUAUCACUAUUAUUGAAAUGUUCUUAUUUAUAUCACAAUCGCGUAAUUAAAUUAAUUGGAAAUAUUUGUGUCAAAGAGGCAUUUUGCACAUUCGAUAUAAUUAUAAUACAAUUUAUUUAUCGAUGUAAUCAAGGAGUAUAUAUCUAGUCUUUUUUAUCGUACCGGAUAAGUUUGGUACAUUAAGCGUAAUAUAAUAAGUUAUUCAUUCUUCUUUCAUAAAAGCGUAUGAAAAAUGAGAGAAAAUCAUAUGUACUUUAAUAAAAGCGAUGCAUUAGUUUAUCAUGCAAAAUUAAAUAGAAGUAAUAAUUUUAAUCAUAUAUUUAAAUAUUGUUUAUUAAAUAUUGAAAAGAUGUUUUUAAAUAAGAAACAUACAAAACAAGACUUAAUUAGUUUUAUAAAAACAAAUGCAUCGCGUUUAAUUUCAAUAGAAUAGAAAGAUGAAGGUGUGAAGAUACGUAAUAACAUGUAUAUUAUUUAUUAUUACAAGAUUCAUAAAAAAAGGUAACAUUAAAUAUUUCCAGCAUUAUUUGGGCAGUAAAACUUGAUAGAUUAGUGAGCGCAUUUUCUUAAUUUUUGUAUUUUCAUGUAUAAAAAACCGCUAUUUGUAUUUCGAUUAAUACAAUAAAGGCACUUAAGGUCUAGCACUUAUCGACAUAAAUAAAGAUUAUGAUACGACGAUCA